AUGGCGUUACCCAGGGCCCCACCAUCCUCGAGGCGGCCGGGACCCUCCCAGCAACAAUCUGAUAAUGAACCCCUGGAGUACAUCGGCGACUUUCGCAGAGGAAAAGAGAUUGGAAAAGGCAGCUUUGCUACGGUCUAUCUAGCCCAGCACCGGAAGUCGAGGUCUUAUGUUGCCAUCAAAGCUGUCCAUGUCACCAAGUUGACUAAGAAACUCAAGGAAAACCUGGGCAAGGAGAUCAACAUUCUAAAAAGCGUCACGCAUCCUCACAUUGUCCAGCUGUUCAACAUCGAGAGCACGACUUCAUACAUCUACCUGAUUAUGGAGUACUGCCAACUGUCGGACCUGGCACAAUUCAUGAAGAAGCGGCACAUGUUACCCACCCUUCCGGAGACUUCUGACAUCUUCCGGAGGUAUCCCAACCCUGAGUUCGGAGGACUGAAUGAGGUGUUGAGUCGACAUUUCUUCAAGCAAAUCGCCAGCGCCAUGCAGUAUCUUCGAGCGAGAGACUGCAUACACCGGGACAUCAAACCACAAAAUCUGCUUUUGAACCCCGCGCCGACCUACAUGUCGUCUCUCCGGCCUGAAGAUCAGCCGUUCGCUGAGAGCGUGGACUCCUUGAUCCCAGCAGCCGGUGUGGCUUCGCUACCCAUGCUCAAGAUCGCUGACUUCGGAUUCGCACGCUACCUUCCCGACACUGCCAUGGCCGAGACUUUGUGCGGUUCUCCAUUGUAUAUGGCUCCCGAGAUCCUCAGCUAUGAGAAGUACGACUCGCGGUCCGAUCUCUGGUCUGCUGGUACUGUCUUGUACGAGAUGGUGGUCGGAAAGCCUCCAUUUCGCGCGCAGAACCAUGUUGAGCUGCUUAGGAAGAUCAACAAGACGAAUGAUGUGAUUGUGUUUGACAACAAAAACAUGACCAUCAGCAGAGGAAUGAAGGACUUGAUUCGUGCGCUGUUGAAGAAAAGCCCAUUGGAACGUAUGACAUACGAUGAGAUGCUUGUUGAUCCUGUGAUCACUGGCGAGAUCCCUGGACUCGUUCUGGAAGAUCGGCCUCAAGAAACCGAAGAGAGCGAUCUCAGUCAGAAGAUGGCAAAGGCGAUGGACGUUCCGGAAUCACCUCGUGGAACACCUGAGCCAUCUUCAUCGAUCCCUCGGAGACCGUCAGAAGCAGGCCAAGCACAAGGCUCCCGAAAACCUUCAGAUCCAGACCUUCGUCGUCGACCAAGUGAAGACAUGGGUCGGAGGAAGUCAACUAGCGGUAGCCAGAAUCAACCCGAAGGAAUGGCAAUCAAGCGACAGCCGAGCCAUCGUGAGCGCGAGCAACGUCGACCGACGAUUGUUGCUCACAUCACCGCGCCGGGAAGACAGGAACUUCACCAGCAGCAGGGCCCGAUGGCACCUGUGGCUCCAAUGCAGAGGCGUGCGAGUCGGUCAUCGCCACUUGCUGGACCUCCUCUGGUGCGCGAGCCAACCAUCGAGGCCGAACAGCGACACGACGAGCGCUCUACUCGUGAGGCGAGGGAGCGUACUGCGCAUGAUCUGAACUUCGAGAAGGAGUAUGUUGUCAUCGAGAAGCGUGCCGUUGAGGUCAAUGCAUUUGCCGACGAGUUGGACGCCAUCUCCAACCCAAAUCAACGCGCCAUCGUUCGCCGUGCUACGACCCAAGGACAGCCGACUUCAACAACAGGCGGUCAACCUGCAAGUCCAUCUCGCGCCUUGCAGAUGAUGACUGGCAGAGCUUCGCACCAGCGGGCUGGGUCCUUUGAGAGACGUUAUGCUCCAUCGCCGCAAUCUGCCACCAAUAUGCUCACCAAGGCUUUGAAUGCCGCCAAUGUUCGACUAUUUGGCGCUCUAGGCACUUCACCACCUUUCGGCAAGGGACCAUCGCCUCCUCGCGGAUAUGGCGCUUUCCCUCAGUACCCUUCAUCUCAAGGCGCUUUGACAUAUGGAGACUCAAACGAGGCCAAGACUCCCAUGGAUGAGGACACUAAGCUAGUCCGCACCAUGGAAGACGCGGCUCAUCGUAGCGACGUGAUCUUCGGCUUUGCAGAAGUCAAGUACCGCCAACUUCUUCCCGCCACUCCUUCAACACAAGACGGUCUAGGAAUUCAACAGAUUGGCACUCAAGAGGGCUCAAAUGAGGAAGAGGACAAAGACAUGACCACCAUCGCCAUCGUCGGCGUCGCAGAGGAAGCAUUGGUCUUGUACGUCAAAGCUCUAGCCAUCCUCACCAAGACUAUCAGUCUUGCUGGGUACUGGUGGGAGAGGCGUGAUCGUACCGAGUCCGUUGCACCUGAUAAUACCUCGAACCAAGCAUCGAACGUAGCCACUCGCAUCUUCGCCGUCGUCAAGUGGUCUCGCACCCGCUUCAACGAAUGCCUCGAAAAGUCCGAGGUCGUUGGUCGCAGACUGCAGCUCGCCCAAAGCCAACUUCCCGAGACACAUCCAGGCCACCCGAACAACCACGACAAUGGCUCUGCAUCCGCCGGUGGGAUUUCCACUUCAGCCGAUCAAAUUUCCAUCACGAGCGGUAUCACCGCCGAACGACUCAUGUUCGACCGUGCUGUGGAGAUGAGCACGGCAGCCGCCGUCACUGAACUGGUAGGCCAGGAACUGAAUGACUGCGAGUUGGGCUACAAGACUGCCAUCAUGCUGUGGGAAGCCGUGUUGGAGAAUGACGACGAACCUCUGAUGCGCAAGCCGAGCUCGAAGAGUCAGAAACCUGCUACAGAGGUCAUCAAUGGUAUGGAGACGGAGGAUCGGCAGAAGGUUAUCAGGCUCAUCGAUGGCGCUCGUGCUCGACUUCACUCGCUGCGCAAGAAGAUCCAUGCCCAGCAGCAGGGCACCAAGCGGUCUUCGAUCAGUGGUAACUCGACGCCGAAGCCUGGCACUCCAGUACCUUCUGCACCUUCGAUCGCCUCGACUCCGCCGCGAUGAGCAAGGAUGACUCGCUAGUCUCGGUCGCCGCUACCUCUUUCCUUUUUCUCUCCUUUGGCCUUUUUCUUGUUUUUGAUUUAAUGCUCAGAAUGACCUGGAAUAGACAGAGCGGGUGACACGGUGUUCAUUGCGGUUUUUUGCUCUCUUUUGAUUUUACUGAUUUU